AUUCAGGGAAGGAAAAAUACGCUAAACGGUAACAAAAGGCGCUUUUUCCGAUUCUGCAUAUUCCAGAAUCCCCGAUAUUUUUAAUCUUCUCUCUUCCUUUUCUUUCUCGUGAGCACCGCUUUCCUGUUAUCCGCGUGAGUACGCUUCUUCAGCAGCAAACUGAGAUUGGAGAUUCUGUGUUGUUCGGUUUGAGAUUGAUUGAUAGAUACAGAGAGAGAGAGAGAGAAAACAGACGGGUAUAAACAGAGAGAUGGCGAUGGGGGAGGAGGGAGGGGGUAAUGGCAAGAAGAUAAGGGUUGGGGUCUGUGUUAUGGAAAAGAAGGUGAAACGUUGCUUAGAGGUGUUUUCCGCACCAAUGGGACAGAUACUUGACAGAUUACAUGCAUUCGGUGAAUUUGAGAUUAUACAUUUUGGAGACAAGGUUAUUAUUGAAGAUCCCAUAGAGAGCUGGCCCAUAUGCGAUUGCUUGAUUGCAUUCCACUCCUCGGGCUAUCCCCUUGAAAAGGCCGAGGCAUAUGCUGCUUUAAGGAAGCCCUUUUUGGUAAAUGAAUUAGAGCCACAGCACCUUCUUCAUGACCGAAGGAAGGUAUAUGAGCGUCUUGAAAUGGACGGAAUCCCCGCUCCAAGAUUUGCCAUUGUGAAUAGGGAAAUGCCCUAUCAAGAGCUGGAUUAUUUUGUUGAGGAAGAAGAUUUUGUUGAGGUUCACGGUAAUCGUUUUUGGAAGCCGUUCGUUGAAAAGCCUGUUCAUGGGGAUGAUCAUAAUAUCAUGAUAUAUUACCCUAGCUCUGCUGGUGGAGGAAUGAAGGAGCUGUUUAGAAAGGUUGGGAACCGGUCAAGUGAGUUUCAUCCCGAGGUUAGAAGAGUGAGACGUGACCGGUCUUACAUAUAUGAGGAGUUUAUGCCAACUGGAGGAACAGAUGUCAAGGUAUACACAGUUGGUCCUGACUAUGCACACGCAGAGGCGAGAAAGUCUCCUGUUGUUGAUGGCGUUGUUAUGAGAAAUCUUGACGGAAAGGAAGUGAGGUAUCCUGUCUUACUUACGCCUAACGAAAAGCAGAUGGCAAGAGAGGUUUGCAUUUCUUUUCGGCAAGCGGUUUGUGGAUUUGAUCUACUGCGUUGUGAGGGACGCUCAUAUGUUUGUGAUGUGAAUGGAUGGAGUUUCGUGAAAAACUCUCACAAAUAUUAUGAUGAUGCUGCUUGCGUGUUGAGGAAGAUGCUUUUAGAUGCAAAAGCUCCUCAUCUUUCUUCAGCAAUCCCACCAACUUUACCAUGGAAAGUCAAUGAACCAAUUCAGCCUUCUGAGGGAUUAACUCGUCAAGGAAGUGGGAUCAUUGGCACAUUUGGGCAAUCUGAGGAGUUACGCUGUGUGAUUGCAAUUAUUCGUCAUGGUGAUAGAACUCCGAAACAGAAGGUGAAGUUAAAGGUUACUGAGGAAAAGCUGCUUAACUUGAUGUUAAAGUACAAUGGGGGGAGGCCCAGAGCCGAGACAAAACUUAAGAGUGCUGUUCAGUUGCAAGAUCUGCUAGACGCUACACGAAUUCUUGUACCUCGUACAAGACCAGGUCCUGAAAGUGACAGCGAGGCAGAAGAUAUUGAGCAUGCUGAGAAGCUACGUCAAGUUAAAGCAGUGCUUGAAGAGGGGGGACACUUCUCUGGUAUUUAUAGGAAGGUUCAACUAAAGCCCUUAAAGUGGGUUAAAGUUCCAAAAAGUAAUGGUGAAGGUGAGGAAGAUCGGCCUGUCGAAGCACUGAUGGUUCUUAAAUAUGGUGGUGUUCUUACACAUGCUGGCCGAAAGCAGGCAGAAGAGCUGGGUAGAUAUUUCCGGAAUAAUAUGUAUCCAGGUGAAGGUACAGGCCUGCUCCGCCUUCAUAGCACAUAUCGUCAUGAUCUCAAAAUCUAUAGCUCUGAUGAAGGUCGUGUCCAGAUGUCUGCAGCUGCAUUUGCCAAGGGCCUCCUUGAUCUGGAAGGGCAGCUAACGCCAAUACUGGUUUCCCUUGUUAGCAAGGAUUCUUCCAUGUUGGAUGGACUAGACAAUGCCAGCAUUGAGAUGGAAGAAGCCAAGGCUAGGCUGAAUGAGAUUAUAACCUCUGGUACCAAGAUGAGUAAUGGCAAUGGAUCAUCAGAGUUCCCGUGGAUGACUGAUGGAGCUGGACUGCCUAAUAAUGCUUCUGAACUUUUGCUGAAAUUGGUAAAAUUGACUAAGAAGGUCACCGAACAAGUAAGACUACUAGCCAUGGAUGAAGAUGAGGAACUUAUGGAGACAAGCUCCUACGGUGUGAUUCUUCCAUAUGACCAAGCAAAAGCCCUGGGUAAAAUUAAUAUUGAUGUUGAUCGCAUCGCUGCUGGAUUACCCUGUGGCAGUGAGGGAUUUCUUUUGAUGUUUGCUCGCUGGAGAAAACUUGAAAGAGACUUGUAUAAUGAGCGCAAAGACCGAUUCGAUAUAACACAGAUUCCAGAUGUUUAUGACUCGUGCAAAUAUGAUCUCUUGCACAAUGCACACCUUAAUCUAGAAGAUUUGGAUGAGCUCUUCAAAGUUGCGCAGUUACUCGCAGAUGGUGUCAUACCAAAUGAGUAUGGAAUCAAUCCUAUGCAGAAGCUGAAGAUUGGCUCAAAGAUUGCUCGACGUUUAUUGGGUAAAAUAUUGAUUGAUCUGAGGAACACUCGUGAAGAAGCCAUUAGUGUUGCUGAGUUGAAAGGUAAUCAAGAGCAACAUUCAGAACCCUCCAAAACUGAGAAAGAAGAUACAGAUAAACAAUCAAAGAUUCUCAUCAAGACUGAAGACACGAGGAGAAAUAGCACAACAAGUGAUGUAUCAAUGGAUCAGGAGGAUGAUGAUGACAAAGAGACCAAAUAUCGUUUGGAUCCAAAGUAUGCAAAUGUCAAGACACCUGAGCGCCAUGUGCGGACACGCCUUUACUUUACAUCAGAGUCACAUAUCCACUCUCUCAUGAAUGUUCUUCGAUACUGUAACCUGGAUGAAUCUCUUCAAGGAGAAGAUAGCCUCGUUUGUUAUAAUGCUUUGGAGCGUUUGCACAAAACGAAGGAGCUUGACUACAUGAGCCAUAUCGUGUUGAGGAUGUUUGAAAACACUGAGGUCGCUUUAGAUGAUCCGAAAAGGUUCCGAAUAGAGAUGACCUUCAGUCGUGGUGCAGAUUUAUCUCCAUUGGAGAAGAAUGACAGUGAGGCAAUUUCAUUGCAUCAAGAGCACACACUUCCAAUUAUGGGCCCAGAAAGGCUGCAAGAAGUUGGCUCGUAUCUUACACUAGAGAAAAUGGAGAAGAUGGUACGCCCAUUUGCCAUGCCAGCAGAAGACUUUCCUCCUCCUUCAACCCCUGCAGGAUUUUCAGGCUACUUCUCAAAGAGUGCAUCAGUACUUGAGCGUCUGGUAAAUCUUUGGCCUUUCCAUAGAAAUGCUACUGUAAAUGGAAAGUGAGAGGAAGACAGAGAGAUCUAUCUCUGUCUACAUUCUUUGAUUCCUUUGUGUGGCAGAUUGCAAGCUUUGCAGAACUGAAAGUUGGUCACCUGGCCAAAUUCAGGGUGAGCUUUCUCUGGAAAAAUUUUGGUAGAUUGGUAAGUUUCGACAACAUAAGAAUGUUGUCGACAACAUAAGAAUGUUGUCGACAACAUUAGUUUUAACAGACUAUGCCCUCUUCGUCUCGUUGCAACCAGAUUGAUGUGUCUACUAACAUUCAUUCGUAUUCAUUGCCUACCCUUGCAUUUUUUUCAUUGGAUUUAGUUUCAUGAUACUUACUGUGCUCUGGAUAAGAACUGCUGUUAUUCAUUCUUUUACAGAGGAAACAAUUGAUUGCCAAUAUGGAACUUCAACUCUCUCUCACUCUCUCUCUCUCUCUCUCUCUCCCUUUUGGGAUGAAUAAGGAGGGGGGUAGUUUGACUCCAUACAGAACUUCGAACAUCGGUUUUUCAUGCAAAUAAAGUUGCAUGAACUGAUUUCGUGAAUUGGAAGGAAGAAAUUGUGUUUGAAAUCACCAUUCUUGUCUCUCAAUUCUGCUGCCAGAUCUCAUUCUGAUUAAAAAAAAAAAAACUGAAGUAGUGAAGUUGAAUAAUUCUGAUCCAUGCUAGACUACUGUAGAUCUUGGUGAUCAAUGUAGCAUCCACUCAUUCAAUGAAUGCAAUUAUCAGC